UGACACCGCAUCUAGCCGGCGGUCAAAGUUUUGCAUUGCUUGACAAACAAAAAUGUUGUUAUUUGGACGUUGAAUUCAGUCACCAGUGACGUUUAGAAGAUAAAGGACAGUUGGUUCUGAUUUGUGAUCUCACUCCAUCUUGGUUGAGCAAUCAUCGUUGAGAACACAACCUCUGUAUAAAUUCCGAUUACCUCCAGGAUCGCAAAAGAAGAGGUGAAAGAAGUACUCCUGUAACUCAGACCGCUCAUCGAAGCCUCAAUAGGAUUGCCAACGAGAUUACUUGGUACAGGUGGGACAUCAGGCUGAAGGAGUAUCACCACUCCAGUUGCCCUUCACUUCAACCUCACCUUUGCCUCUUGGUUAUCUUCCCUACCGGCACCUACCUUUGACUUCAAUCAACCAUGUCUCCCAAGCACAAGCCACACUGGGAACAGAAGCAGGCAUCAUACGCGAACAUCGACGUCGGGAAUUUGAUACCUUGCUUCGUCUGCAACGUCAAAUGCUUCAAAGCAAGAUACUCUCAAACUCAGCUGUCGAGAUAUCAAGAAGCACUUGUGAAAGAACUUCACGGCGGCCCCAAAGCCCCGCUUCCCCGUUGCAGGAAUUGCACACCAGAGUCCAAUGCCGAGCUGUAUUGCGUCGGCUGUCGAGUGAGCAAGGAUUUGAGCUUCUUCUCCAAACAGCAGCGAAAGAAACCCGAUGACGCGAGAUGCCACAACUGUCAGCAAGAGGUCGAAGAUCGCGUGCCUUCGCUCGACGCCGCCCUGGAGGAGGAACGCAUCAGAGACGAUGAGAUCCGUGGCAAGCUCAUGUCCGGCUCUGUGAUCUCGAGCAUUGCUGGCUCCGUCCUCGGCUCCCAAUCUCAGUCGCAAGGGCAGCCGUCUAGCACCAGCGGAAUCUUCAUGCCUAACGACCGAGACUCUGCCUGGGGAGGUGAAAGAGUCUCUGACCACCCAGCGUCGCCCACCGGGACUGAGGUUUCUAGCGCUCGCAGCACAACCAGCCACGGCAACUCCACCUAUGCCCGUUCGGGUUCGAAGAACAGCUUCGCCAAUGUAACUGCAUACAAUGCACCAGCGAAAGCACGAGUUAUGUACCAGCUUGAACGUGAGGAGAGACAGAGGCAGGAAGCUCAGAUGGGUAACAGAUAUGAUGAGUCUGAUGAUGACGGCGAGUGGGAAAUGUGACUGAUUCGGUUCAUCGAACAUUAUCGCAGUCGCGAGGAAGGCGCUGGCUUAUCGCAAGACGC